UUGGUACAGUGGUCCAGAAGGUUGUUGGAUCGUGUUUGUGACGCUCUGCACCAUGCCUGGACUCGACCGUUGGAACGAGGUGAGCGACAACACUCUGGUGCUCCACGGUGCCGGAGCACGAAAGGCCAGUACCUUCCUGCAGAAUGGCGAUCCAGCCGCACUGGGGCCACGUGCUAUGCGGGUGCGCUCGGAAGGCUUUGCUGCUUGGUUUCCAAACGCGGAGGAGACACGAGUCAGACCACCGGAGGGCCAAGAGGCUAUGGAGAUCCAAGAAGCAGAGAAAGAAGAGGAAACAGCCGAGGACCCUUUGUCACAGGCCUUGCAAGAUGCUGGAGACUCUGCUGCGAGCAGCGCUUCGAACCAGUUGCACGAUUUGAAGGACAAAGCAAGCCAUUCGUUGGAAGCGGGCAAGGAUGAAGGUGCCGGCAAGGCUGUAGCAGAUGCUCUCAAGGAUGAGGACACUGGAGAUCCCCCAGAUGUGGACCAUGAGCAUGAUGAGCCCAAGCCAUCGCUGAUGGAGAACUUGUGGUAUUACCGCAUGUACUUUCUCUCCAUUCCGGCACUGGCAGUUGCUCUUUCAAUCAUUGGAACGGCCUUGGCUCCCAAAGGGCGACCAGAUCCCAAGGAGGAGAGAGACGAGCUGGAGGAGACUUAUGGCCAUGAUCCGCGGGCUCCAGUCGCAAAGGGAUCUGGGAAGGGGGCGCAGGAGGAGGAGGAUGAAUAGGAGGCAAGCUGAAGUUGGGUGAGCUAUGCUGAACUAGUUGUUCACGUGAGGGCAAAGAUCCCUUCUCCCAAAAGGCUCUCAAUAUGGGGGCUGCAUUUGUCAGGAUGUGCUAUCGCCGUCUGCUGGAAAAAGGACGUGUUGCGCGAAGUCAAAAUU